AAAAUAAUAAAAAAAUACAUUUUAAAGGUAAAAUAUAUCAUUAUAAAUCGAGUUAUAAAUAAACAAUAAAUGACUUCUGUCUACGAACUUACGAAGUACAUAAGUAACAAUCAUUAUAUAUGAUUAUAUAUUUUAUUUGUACACAAUUAUUAUAGUCCAAGAUGGUAAAUAUUUUAUAUUUAGAGGCCAAUAGUAGUUUAGAUGAAUAUAAUACAUCUUCAUCACUGAAAGUGUCCAUAGAAUCUCUUAUUACCUAUUGUGUGUACAAAUACUGUUCUCCCAAAGACAUCGAUAUUAACUUUGUGCACAAUAAUAGAAGUAACAGUGUAAAUACUUUCGAUUUAAGAAUUGAAAAGGGUGUUGUUGUUAACCAGCAAGAUAUCCCUUGGCAAGUAGCAUCUUGUGUGUUCCCUGUAGUGCUAUAUGAGGACACGAUUAUAACAGGCCUGUGUGCAGUUGCGAGACAUGUUUCUAAAUAUAGAGUCUUACCAGAGUCUACAUUUGAACAUCAUGAAGGUUUACUAGGCUUUCGUAAAAGCUGUCUACAAGCUCCUAACGAAGUAUCCAUAUGGACAAAGUUUUGUGAGGUUGAUAUUAUAAAAACAGUUUCAAGUUUAUUUGAAGUGACUAACCUAAAUGAAUUACCAGUAAAUUUGGUCAAAUUUGAGAAUCAUUUACACAAACCAGUAAGAGUACAUAAUAUUUAUAAAGUUGCAAGAAAAUUAAAGAAAGAUAAUGAGAUAAAGAAUCAGAAUGAUGAUAAUGAUAAAAACAAUGAUACAGGACAACUUGAGAAACAAAGAGCACCAAAACCAAGAAAGUGGAAAUCAAAUAAAAAGAAAAAUGUUGAGUUAGAUUGUGCUGCUAAAUUAGAAAAAUUGGAUAUAAGUCAUCAAUUUGCUGAAGGUCCUUUUUUAAGUCUUGCUGACAUACUUUUGUUACCAUCAUACACUAUUCUUAUGAAAUUAUUAGGUAAAGCUAUUUUUAUGGAGUACCUGACACUAACAUAUAAAUGGUAUAACAAUUUAGUUGAUAUCCCUGAAAUGAAAGAAAUUAUGGGAGUUUUAGAGCCUUUGCAUAUUGAAACUUUACCUUUUGAAGAAUUAACUUUACCUGAAACUGAAGAUGUAAGUCUUUAUCAAAAAGAUCCUAAGAGACAUAAUCCUAGAAAGAGGCUCUUCACAAAACCUGAAGAUAUUGAAAGGGCUUUGAGUUCUGUUACGGAAGACUUAGAACUAACAGUUCAGGCUAAUAAUAUGGAUGAUGGUGUUGAUUGGGACACAAUUCCUAGUGGUGCAAAUCCCUCAGCAGGACAUUUACCUGUUGAAAGAGUGAAUAGGAAGUCACAGCAAUUAGAAAACUUAACAUUGGCAGUUACUGCUAUGGCAAAAGAGGGAGAUUUGAUUGUAGACUUCUGCAGUGGCAGUGGACAUUUAGGAAUUCUAAUAGCACACCUCUUACCAAAAUGUACAGUAAUUUUACUAGAAAAUAAGGAAAAAUCUUUAUUAAGAGCUAGAAACAGAGCCCAUGAGAUGGGCUUAACAAAUGUAUACUUCUUUCAAUGUAAUUUAGAUUUUUACAUAGGGAAAUUUCAUAUUGGUGUUGCCCUUCAUGCUUGUGGUAUAGCCAGCGAUUUAGUGUUGGACAAAUGUUUGCAAGCCAAUGCUAAAUUUGUUUUGUGUCCUUGUUGCUAUGGCUCCCUCCAUGCUACAGACAGAUUAAUAUAUCCAAGAAGUAGGAAAUUCAAGAGUGUGUCAAUAGACCAAUAUUUGUGUAUUGGUCAUACAGCUGAUCAAACUCACAAAGAGCAUCCUUUGAGUGUGAGGGGUGCAAGGUGCAUGGCUAUCAUAGAUUCUGACAGAGGUCAACUCGCUGAAGAACAUGGUUAUAAAGUAACUUUAUCUAGGCUGAAACCAUUGUCAUGCACCCCUAAAAACAACUUAUUGAUUGGGGUGCCAAACUGAAGUAAAAUACAGAUGUUAUAUAAAUGCUUUAAUUAUAAAAUAAAAUAUUUUUGUACUAAUCAACAAAGUCUUU